UUGUUUGUCAAAUUAUGACAAAUGCCAUCCGACUAUACAUGUUUUGCAAAUGUACAUAUCAUGGAAUACAUAAUAAUUCCAAGCAUUUCGCUGCAAAACCGAUAUGGCUCUCCAAUGUCUGAGUUCAACCUUGCUAGUUACUGCACUUCCCCGCAGUUCUGUUCCUUUAGAAAGACAUCAUAACAAAAGCUUUGCUACUCAACGCUCUGUUCAAUGCAUAAAAACUAGAGCUACGAUAAUAAACCAGGAUAGCGGUGCAGCUUUGAGAAGAAAUGCAAACUACCCACCAAGUUCUUGGGAUUACAAUUUCGUCAAGUCACUAACCAGUGAUUAUACUGUAUUAAUGCUUCUUCUUCUGUUGCUCCUGGAAGAAAGAUAUGCAAGACAGUUGGAUGAGUUGAAGGACGAUGUAAAACGUCUCAUUCAUGCAGAAACGGAUGACCCGUUGGCCAAGCUCAAGUUGCUUGACACAGUUCAAAGGCUAGGGUUGAACUACCGAUUCCAGAAUGAUGUAAAACAAGCAGUUGCUGUCAUAUAUAACGAUAUCAGUGAUGAAUCGUUGAGUGAUGACCUUUAUACAACAGCUCUGCAAUUCAGAAUGCUCAGGGAGCUAGCAUGGAUAUACCGUGUCACAAGACGUGUUCGAUCGGGAGGUUCAAAGAUGAAUCCAAUUCUUUAGAACAUAAAAUUUAAGUACGUUGCUAGUUUGCUGACUUCUUUCUGCUGAACUGCUUGGAUGAUGUUAAAGUCCAACUUGGCGAACUUUAGCAAAUUAGGGUUCAUGUUCUGUUCUUUUUCGUAUACAUUAAUGUACCAUCUAGCCUCUACCCUUGGUAAUGUCCAGCGCAAAGGCAUAUCCAAGGCAUUUUUCAGAGAUCCCAACCCAUUAUAAAUAUGUCGAGAGAGAUAUUUUAAAUAUUCAUUAGCAGCAGCAACAGAAUAGCAUUAGUACAGUAUAAUCACUGGUUAGUGACUUGACGAAAUUGUAAUCCCAGGAACUUGGUGGGUAAUUUGCAUUUCUUCUCAAAGCUGCACCGCUAUCCUGGUCAAUGAUCGUAGCUGUAGUUUUUAUGCAUUGAACAGAGCGUUCAGUAGCAAAGCUUUUGUUAUGAUUUCUUCCAGAAGGAACAGAACUGCGGGGAAGUGCAGUAACUAGUAAGGUUGAACUCAGACCUUUGAGAGCCAUAUCAGUUUUGCAGCGAAAUGUUUGAAAUUAUUAUGUGUUCUGUGAUAUGAGCGAUUUGCAAGAUAUAUAGAAUCAGAUAGCAUUUGUCCUAAUUUGACAAACAAACUGCUCACACCUGCUUCAUAAUUUUAUCAUUGUAACCAAAUUCUCUCCAUAUCAUUUAUUAGCAAAGAAAAAGCCGCUUCUCUUA